ACCCCAAUCUCUUACCGGCUUCCCGAGACCGAUCUCGCCGCCUCUCCGCAGUCCCACUUCGAUUCACCUUCCCCUCCGUCGCCCAGUUCACCACCCAUCCCUCGCCUCCGCAUCCAUCCAACCGCGCACCGGCCAGGCGGCCAAACCCUAGCGGGUGUGGCCCGCGCCGCGCUCCGCCAUGGACUCGGCGGUGCUCUCGCUCACCUGCGCUGGUCUCGGCGCCCCCGAGGAGGAUGACGGCGGCGCCGUCAUCGGCUACUCCAAGAGCAAGCACUGCCUAGAUAAUCUGAAGGAUCUGCAGAGAUUCCUGCGGCGUGACGACCCGCAGCGGCGGGAGGUUUUCAAGCAGGUCUGCAAGUGGAAGAUCGCGUCGAGAGAUCUGGUGCCCAUCAUUGAGAACUACCAGGCCGAUCGCAAUCUCGUAAUCACUGCAGUGAAAGUACUGGUGUUCCUUACAAUGCCUGUGGAACCCUCGUCGGAGGAUGUUGCGCAGCAGAUAGAGUAUCUUUGGGAUUUGAAGGCUGCCCUGGCACGCAAUGUUGCGGUGGCAGUCAUUGUGUCUCUUCUUGAAGACCCAUUGGAUCGUUUGGAAAGAACUUUAUUCACAGAAGAUGACUGGAAGUUAGUUCAGUUGGUCCUUACUUUGUUCCGCAAUGUCUUGGCUAUUCAAGAAAUCACAUUGCCUCAGAAGGCAUCUGGAGAAGCUACCCACUUACUCUCCCUGGCUAACAGCUUUUUGGAGCUCAUGUUUCAAGAGAAUGUGAUGGACCUAAUUUUAGUGCUGAGUCAGCAUAUUGAUGAGCCCUCUGGUUAUCUUAAGCAGGAAAACCUUCUUUUAAUGGAGAUAUUUCAUUAUCUCUUCUUAGGCCGAGAUCCAGAGUUAAUUGCCCGAGCUUCUUGUAAAGGUUCAAAGGAGCAGGUUAACGGAGAUAUUGAUAUGUCAGUAGAUUCAUUGAGGUUGAUGAUGGAGGAGGAAGAAAGGAAGAAAAGAAUGUUCAGGCAACAAAACUCAGAGCACAACUCACUUAGUGGGACUUUUACAUGCUUUUCAGUGGAUGGAUCUAAAUCAUUGUGCAAAGGUAACCCUGGCUCCACAUCUGCAAAUAGCCUCCGGAAAAUACGUAACGUCCAAAGAGGUCCUCAGAAAAGGAUAGCCUGGGAUAAUGAGCUUCUGUACAUACCUAAAGAGGGUAUUAUAGAAAUGUUAAGAAGCUCCCUGGAUCAAUUUUUAUCUGGAGGAUACAAUGUCCUGAUGCAGUCAGUUUGUGAUGACAUCAUGAAUGAGCAUCAUUCUGUCCAGAAAUCCGAUGUAACUACAUUCUUCAAAGUUGCUCGUUUUGUCUUAGCUUUUCAACACGAGAAGGCUUCGAAUGAUCAGAAAUCUAAUAAAGGGAUCCAGCCGUCUGAGGUUUCUCCUAGCAAUGGACUUGAUGAUAAUCUGCCGUUCCAUGGUGACAUAUGUGGACCUGUUGCAGCCACAUUGAAUGAAGAUAUGUUCAAUUUAGUCAUUUCCAGGUGGCGUGAAGCACAUGAUGGCCUGAAGGAAACUAACGACUACAAAACUCUUUCAGCAGCUGGGUCUGUAAUGAAGAACAUGAUUGACAUGAUAUAUUUGGUGCUAAAAGUACUUCCUGAAGAUUCAAGGGAAUCUCAAACAGCUCGUGUUUUACUGUAUAAACUAUUCUAUGAUCAGACAGAACAAGGUCUCACUCAAUUUCUGCUGAACUUGUUCAGAUCUUUUGAUAGUCACAAGCAACCAAAAAGUUAUCUAGCGGAUUUAUUGGAAACAAUUCAUAUUAUGCUACAACUCAUGGAGAAGCUUCAAGCACGUGGUGCAUUAAGGGUUGCAAAAAGGACAAGAAAGGGCAGAAAAAAGAAGAUAUCAAAUGGUAAAAAUGAGAAUUCAGAACCCAAAGUGGAGAAUGUGGAACCAGUUGAGCCAACAGAAGGGACCAACUGCCCGCCUGAAUCACUUCCAGAUUUGAGAACUGAGGAUUCUGCAGUAGAACCUUCUCCCUCAGAGCAAGGAAAAGUAGGUCCCAAUGGUGCAGAUGUACCAGAUACACUUGUGGACACUGCAAUUAAUAUGGAGAGUACUGCACAUGCUGAAGGUGAUCCAACUUGUGCGGGCAGUGGUGAAAUGAAAAGAGAUCUCAUCGAUGAAGAAGAAGAGUCUUCAGAUUCUUCAAUUGAUCACCUCCCUGCUACAAGUGAAGUUGAUUUUAAUGUAUCCCGAUUGAUAUCUAGCCUUGCAAACAAUUCUGUAGUACAAAAUAUUUGCUGGUUGUUGAAGCAUUACAAAAGUAACUCCAUUCGUACAAAUCAUUACAUAAUAUGCAUGCUACGAAGAUUCUGCGAAGAUCUGGAGCUGUCACCAAUGCUCUAUCAGCUAUCGCUUUUAACUACUUUCUAUGAUAUUUUAGCGGAACAGAAGUUGUCUAGCUCAAAGGAGUACAUAAACAUUGUAAAUUUUCUUUCUAAAGUUGUAAGGAAGAUGCUGAGGGUAAUGAAAAAACAACCAUUGCUAUUUGUUGACAUACUAUUCUGGAAGACGCGCAAGGAGUGCCAUUGCAUUGAUGCUGAUGCACUACUGAGUGAGCUUAAGAAAGAUGUUGGAAACAAGGAUGGUGAAAUUGGUUCGAGUAAGGGAUGGAGAGGUCCAAUAAAUAUAGCAGAUUCUCUUGGUGAUGAUGAAGUUGACUUGGUUAUACCGCAGGAACCAUAUGAUGCUGAUAAGGAUGGAGAUUCAUCAGCUGGUGAGCAUGGGGAUGAUUUUCGGAAGAGUAUGAGUACUACAUAUAAAAAGAGCAGAUUAAUGUCGCUUUCAGACAGUGAGGCUGAGGACAAUGACAGGAAAAAUAUGUCAAGAGGUUCGCAGAAUUCAGGAGUCCCAAAAAGACGAGGUCGUUUUAUCUUUACCGAAGAGCAAGAGAAGCUUAUCAGAGAUCUUUAUGAAAAAUAUAAGGAUGACCGUAAAUGCAGUCAUCUAAUAGCUGAUGCUUUAGACCCCACUGGAAAGAUAUUGUCUGCUCAAGUUUCUCGUAAGCUUACACAGCUAGGUCUCCGGAAUGUCAUGAAGAGAAAAAAUGUUGCAGAUGAAUCUCCUUCACCUGGAGAUCUGGCUACAGAACCACAAAAUGACUCACUUGAUGAUCCGAACCACAUGUUAGGCAAACAUAACCAUGGUCCCAUGCCAGGAAGCUCCCGGGCUAGAAGGAAAAGAUUACAUGGGUUAAGCAGCGGUCAUGAUGACACAAGUCAUGGAAGAUCAUCUGAUGAAGAAACACUACAAGUGAUUAAAAGCAGAACCAAGAAUAAGAAGCUUCCCUGGGUGGAUAGUUCACUGAGUGCGUCACAGAAUCAGGAAGCUCAGCAAGACUCAGACUCUAAUGAUGCGACAAUAGGAUCCAUGAUUAGAAAUGGAAAAAAGAAGAGGCUAUCAACGUCAGAUUUUGAAGCAAGUGUACAAAACCAUCAAGAAUCUCCAGACAACACAAACAUCAAGGAUUGCUCACCAAGUAUAUCACAACAUCAAGAAACUUUGCAAGACACGUAUCCUGAUGAUGAGGACAUAGGAUCCAUGCUUAGAAGUGGAAAAAAGAAGAGGUUAGUGAUGUCAAGUUUCUCAUUGAAUAUACAAGACCAAGAAUCUUUGAGAAACAUUGGACCAAAUGAUGAGACUAUUGCUUCUAAUAUCACGGAUGCUCCUAGCCAUCAUGGGUCGAAUUUGGUCAAUAACAGUGGCAAUGCUGGUGAAGCUGAACUUUUGGAUGACUUUAUUGAUCUUGAGCUUGAUAAUCAUGAAAAUACUGACCAAACGAUCAUGGAUGAUGGGGACAAGGCAAACUUUGAUGCUGAUCAAAGGGCUGGUUUAAAAAGAAGGCACAGAUUGAUAAUUGACGAUGACGAUGAUGACGAGUAAUUGCCCAGAAGGACUGGAGUUAUCGAAGUAAAAGUGGGAUAAAAAAAGCUGUUAGAUGAUCUGCUACUCCGCCCUACUGCUGAGUUCUGAGGAGGGUUCAAGAUACAGGAUGACAGUCCUGGCAGGUCCCCACUUCCCAGAGCCAGAUACCAGAACCCUAGUAAAGUUUGAAUGACUGCCGAGUUGCUAGAGCCCUACUGCUGGUUGGUAACCGGACCACGGCAAUUUCUUAACCUUGGUUCAGAGUUUCAUCAGAGAAAUUUCAUUUUUACCUGCAAUUUCAAUCGGAAUAGUUGGAUCUCAGUCAAAUGGAAUGUAGCAGAUGCAAUUUGAGGUUGAAGAGCUGAGCCUCUUGUACAGAGUCUUUUCAGUGUAGUUCUGAUGGUAGUCGUUAGUGUUGUCAGUUGAAACUAGCAAUCCUGCAAUGCUACCAAAUGUAAUCAGCUGUGUAAUGCCCGUAUGGAAACUCCUUUCUUGACUUCAUGUUCACUUCAUGAUUAUUGUACUGCUAGGUGCUGAUUGCCUUGACAUAAGGAUGUAUGGAGGGGUUGAAAUAGGAUCACUUA